UAAGAAGGUGUGUAUGGCUAUCGUUGUUGUGUUUCGACUGAUAUUGCCACACAACAAGUGCACACUGCCAAAAUAAUAAAGAAAAUGAUUAUUAAUUCCAUGGUGUUCAGAGUAAUACAACAGAGACAGAGCGAAGACCUCACGAAAACGGCCGCUAUAUUUCGUUUGAAUUGAACUUGAAGUUAUUUCUUGUGUCUCGUGUACAAAUUAUUUCCCUCUAAAGAGAUAGUGGUGGCGGUAUUGGCUGUCUCAAAGGAAGCUCACACGUCUGGAACGCUUGCAACUACAAUUGAACUAACACCAGCUACCAAAAGUUAUUCAAUAUGUCUGUGGAUAAUCCCUAUUACUUCUACAAUGAUCCCAAAUCGCCUUGCACUCCGGACUCUCAGAGUUCCAACAAAGGUUUUUCCAUCUUCAAACGUCGCAACUCCAAAGGCAACAGUCCACGCGUUAGCAUACCGGAACAAACACGAUUUAUUACAUCGGCAAAUCUUGAUACCACCGCCACAUUAACAUUGGGAAGUCCGCGUAGUGGAUUUGGCAUGCAUCAAUCUUUUGAACUGCAGCCAUUGAUGUCCCAUCAUUUGCCCCAUCAUGCACAUCAGCAUCAUCAUCAGCAGACGGCAUCGUUACACCAAAGACGUCAACGCUCAUCGAAUUCACAUUCAGAUUCCUGUCGCGAACGUUUGGGUUCCUGCAGUGAAUCGUCAACAGCCAAUCAUAGUUUUGAUGAUGCUUUCAAUGACUCCACAUCGCCAAGCAAAACCCAUCCCCAUCAUCAUUCGCUUCAUCAUCAUCAUACAUUGCCAACAGUUGGUGGACGACGUCACUCCUUUAGCAAUUGGCGUCAGACUAGUGAGCGUCAUACCUCAGCCCAUCAUAAGGCUGGAGCUUCCACCCUAACAACAAAUGAUGAAGUGCCACAAAUGAUGGCACCACGUCCACCGGUCAUAUCGCCUAAUAAAUAUCUUGGUGGCGGUUCACACAGAAGACGAGACAACUGUGGAACCAUGAACAGCAGCAUGAGCAGCAGCUCUUCGGGUUCAUACAACAUGGACGAUAUACUGAUUGUCACCGCCAAGCAUAGUGAACGAGCGAUAUUGCGUGCAAAUUUCUUAAAGAAUCAUUUCGAUAAAAUCACCAAACAGCGUGGACGCAAACCUUUCAACUUUUUGCACAUAAAAAUCGAAGAUGGUCCAUUUAGCGAGGAAAUUGCUUACAAAUACCAAAACACUGCCCUGCAAAUUAUCAUUCUGUGUCCCGCUCUCUUGGCUCUCUCCCACUCACUGUUGAUGUCUCAGCUCUUAAGCAUAGUGAGAGUGGAAAAGGUGUUGGGUAUACUCUUAGAUGUGACUGAGGAAAAAGUAAAGGAAAUACAUAAAGCUGCUCUCCCUAAUUACUUAAGAUGGCGUCGCUGUGUCAUACGCGACAACGAUCAAGCCCAAAUUAGCAACAUUCUAGGCAUUGCCACUGACAUUUUGGGCCGUGCCUUAUGCCAACGUCCCGUCUGCCAUGACUCGGGCUCAAGUAUAUCGCGCAGUAUUUCUUCUUGCUCAGAUGGCUUUACCAUAUUGCCGAAGAAAGUGAAAAUUGGUCAAAACAAAGUUGUGGUCAUGCUGAAUGAUGGUUUGGAGAAAGAUGACAUGCUGAAAAUUGUUGUCGAGAAAUCCGGGGAAUUGAUUGAAAUUCGCAAUUUUAAAUGCCGCAAUCCCUAUACUGUGCAAUUUGCUAUACCAGAAUCCUGCAUGGAAAUAUCCACCAUGGUUGAGAUACGCAUCGAAAAGAAUCACAAAAGUCUAGGAGCUCGCCCCAUUAAAUGUGAAUCUCGUCUGCGUGAACUCGAACAACUUCUACGCACCGAAGAUUCUCCCAUUGAGUUUAUGUGCCAUGCCUUGGGUAUUGGGCCCACAGAAAAAGAUGAAUUGGAUUUACAUUUGCUGCAAAGUUUCCAAAAGAAUAUGCCACCCAACUUCCAUUUGCUCAAUGGGCCAUAUGAGAAGCAGCAUCAUUUUUUGACCAUACGUGAAACUAGUCCCGAAGAAUAUCCCACUCUGUUACACUUUGCUGCCCGAUGGGGUCUCAAUCGUUUGUGCAUGCAAUUGAUGGAGAGUCCAGGUGGUGACACGGCCUGUGGCAUUAGAAAUUGUGCUGGAAAAACGCCAGCUGAGUUGGCUGACAUGGAGGGUCAUCACAAGCUGGCAAGGAAUAUUAUGAGCUUUUCGGAAUUCCAUGAAUUGACUACCAUGUAUCAUUAUUUUAAGGGCAUUAGCAAUGAGAACAAAAAUAAUCCCAAUGUUGGCAGUGGCAAGAGUAGUGCUGCCACCAAAGUUGUCAUAGAGGCUGUCAAAUCACAUCCCACUUCGCCAAAAACCAAACAACCAAAAUCUCCCAGGUCACCUAAGAUCAGGGAUUUGCCAGCAGACCAGCAGGCUGAGUAUAUGGAAAUGUCCAGUGGCUCGGAUAGGGAAAAUUCUCCCGAGGGUAAACCCAAAUGUGAGACUAUGGCCAUAUCAAAUCUCAACUAUAUAAGUGUGGAAACGGAAGAGGAAAACCUCCAAGGGUCCUCGGCAGAUGUGUGCAAGAAUUUCGAUACCAAUAAAGUGGUUACCACGCCAGAAAUUACCACCAACGAAUUGAAUAUCAGUGAACCACCCUAUUAUGCCUCGAAGGAGCAAAAUAAGCCUUCAAAGGAUGUCAUUGAUGCUCCCAUCUACCAGACAGACAAAUUUAGCCAAGAGUGCUCCCAGUUAUUGGAGAAUUGUUCCAGCACAGCGGCCAAUAAUGACUAUGUGCUGCAGCCCUCCAAUGUCCCGGUGCCCUCUCAGCAAAGGGAGGCAGUGAGACAACCACAACAGCAACAACAUAAUCCCACCUCCCCCACCAACACAGAUGAUGGCAAUUAUUUAUUCCAACCCUCAAAUCGUCCAGUCGAGGGAGAGUUUCUACAUCAUUCUCGUCAAAGCCUGAAUCGCAUGGGCAGUUCCAAUCGCCUGGCCCACCAGCCAACCUAUGGCACCUUGAAAAGAUCCGUUUCGGAUGCUUCCUCCUCAGCCCGAGCCAAUGUGGAUGAUGAAUUGGCCGAAAUCAUGCAUGACUUUAAGAACAAUGUACUCUCGAUAGGCGAUGUGGAGACCUUAGUGGAGAAAUGGAAGCAUCGCAAUGAUGUGCAGCAAAGCUUCCGUGAGAAGCAGGAUCAAAUCGAUCAAUUGCGCAAAGAAUAUGAGCGCAUACAAGAUCAGCUGAGAUCUCAUUUGAAAAGAGAGACUCCCUUUGAAAAAAUCAAGAAGUUGUUCUCCAGACACAAGUCCACCUCGAAUUUACAGGACAAGUCCUCGUGUGUGGACAGUGCCCUGGAUGAGACCAAGUCAUCCAUAACCACCUCGUCAAGUUUCAAAUCUUCGGCCAGGCCCAUAAGCUCUUUGAGUCUACAAUCCGUGUCAUCAUCCUCCUCUUCAGGGCGCUUGAGCACAGGCAGCAAUUGCAGUGGCACUUCUUUGGGAGAUUCAGGUACACACUCUGAUCAUGAUGAAAGAAGAUUUGGUUGCCGUUUGGCCUCUCCUGUGGUGCCCAUGGACAACUAUUUGGUGCCGCCCACACCCAGGCCAGUGUAUACACCAACUUCCACACCAGGCGAUGAGAGACAUCACAUAGUCUUCCCCUCGCCCAUGUCAUCAUGUACAAAACUCAACACCCCCACUAGUCCCACCAACUCAGAGCACUACCAAAUGUUCCCCUCCAACAUACCCGUCUAUACCAGCCAGAAUUUAUCCUCAUCCUCAUCAACGGGCAACAAUUAUUUGAAUACCAUAAUGGAGGCUAAACAGGAGCAGGAGCACAAUUAUCAAAAUCAAAAUGGAGUGACCUUGCAACCCAUCAAAUUGAAUGAAAAAUCGAAUAUCAUCUAUGGCAAAUUGACCAAGACCAGCCCGAAUUGUUCAUCUUUUAAGCCCAAACAGGUGGCCAUACCCCAGGUGGGAAGUGUAGAGAUACAGGCAGAGGUCUAUCAAAAUGUGGGAACAAAUUUAGGGGAUCACCCUAAGGAGGAGGAGAAGGAGCAGGUUAAGAGCGAAGAUGUUGUGGAUGGAGGAGAUGAUCAUAAUUAUAUGAAUGUUUAAACGAGGUUUGAGGUAAUAUGCGGGACCAAGGGGGCCAGAAGGUUGAUUACAAAGCUUUUAUGGCUUUUUAUGAAAAUUACCUUAAUAGGUAUUUUUACUUUGUUAAAGCUUCAACACAACAUGGUUGUAAGGGGUAAAAGUUUGACCAAAAACCUUUCAAACUACUUUUGAGAGCUUUUGGCAAAGCUUUAACACAAAAUGGUUACAAGGGAUAAAAGUUUGGCAAAAAGCUUUCUAUCACAUACUGAGAGCAUUGAGCUUUUUAAGAUUUCUUUGAUUUUCGGUGCCUUUUUGAAAGCUUUCCAAAACCUUUAAAGAUUUCUAAGGCUUUUAAGCCUUAUAAGCUUUUAAAAGCUUUUUUUGUAGAUAAAUGCUUGAAAUGUAUAUAGAGGGCUUUUAUUUUUGUUAUAGGAUACGACAGAAAAGGCUCUUUCAAAAGCUUGUUAGGUUCUUAUGAAAAUGUACUUCUUGUGUAUGUUUACUUUGGUUAAUCUUUAACACAAAGGGGUUUGGGGUUCAAAGUUUGACCAAAAUAUUACUAAAAAUGUGUAAGCCCAAUGAGCUUUGAAGUUUUUUAGGCUUUUCUGAAUUCCUCCUCUUUUUUAACUUUCCAAGCCUUGUCGGCUUUCAAAAGCUUAAAGUCUUGAAGCUUUCCAAGCCUUGUAGGCUUUUAAAAGCUUAGUUUUGAAGCUUUUUAAGAAUUUCAAGCUUUCGAAAACCAAUUGUACAUAGAGGGUAAGAAUAUUGACUGGGUGUUUAGCUUUUCAAAAUAUAAAAUUUUGAUAAGUCUUGUAUAAAAUUAAGUAUUUGCUAAAAAUUGCAAAAAAAAAGCUUUUCAAGGCUUUUAUGGAGAGGGCAGUACUAUUUCAGAUAGGGGUUGUAGAUAAAAGCUUAAGAAAAUUUCCGAACCUUCAUAGACAAAGGAAAGGUAUAGACUUUGAAACUCAAAAUGUAAAUAACUCAAAAGUUCUCCGUUUCAUGUCGGUCGGGUUACCUGGGCACUCACAUAUAAACGACUAUAAAUUUGACAUUUCUCCCAUCUGUUACAGCUUUUAUGAACAUACUGUUAUGAGUCGUUAGAUAUCCUUUGUUUUUUUUUU